AUGUCUAUUCAAUUCCGUUCCCACUUGCCAACGGGAGAGUUCUCUCGUGACUUGUCAUCCCUCUUCCGUCUCUUUGACGAUUAUGACGUCCACCGUCGAGGCAGCCACCACCUAGCUCCGCGACCCUACACUCCCCGCUUCGAUGUCCGCGAGACCGAAGAUGCCUACCACUUGGAUGGAGAGCUGCCUGGAGUCGCUCAAAAGGAUAUCGAAAUCGAGUUCUCCGACGCUCAUAAUCUGAUCGUGAAGGGUCGCACCGAGCGCGAGUACCACCACACCGAGCCUGAGACUGAGAGUGAGGACAACAACAAAUCCGAAACCUCCGAGACCGACGCUGGCUCCAACAAGAGAAACAAACCUGCUGCUGCUCGUUACUGGGCUAGUGAGCGAACUAUCGGCGAGUUCCAGCGCACCUUCUCCUUCUCCACACGCGUGGACCAGGACGCCGUCACGGCUAGCCUCAAGGGUGGUGUUCUCUCCAUUGUCCUUCCCAAGGCUAAAGCUACUGCUCCCAAGAAGAUUACCGUCCAGUAA